AUGAGUGUGCUUUCCAAAGUCCCUUGCGCUGCUCUGAGCAAUGCUUCGCGUCAAGCCAGCCGCUUGUCGCGCCCGCGUGCCGUAUCGACCCUCUCGGCGCAGACGCCCGUGUCCAAGGGCCCGACUAAGUACGGCGGCGUGUAUACUGCGACGCUGAUUCCGGGUGACGGUGUCGGCAAGGAGAUCACAGACUCUGUGAAGGAGAUCUUUGACAACUGCAACGUGCCGGUCGAGUGGGAGCAGUGCGACGUCUCUGGUGAUCCGGAGGGGAGCGCGUCGCAAUUCCAACAAGCGAUGGACAGCUUGCGCCGCAACAAGGUCGGUCUCAAGGGUACGCUUUUUACGCCCACUGGCGCAGGUUCGCACAACUCGUGGAACGUUGCGAUGCGCCAGCAGCUCGACAUUUACGCAUCGAUGGUGUUUUGCAAGACGCUCAAGGGUGUGCCUACGCGCCACAGCAAUGUAGACUUUGUCAUCAUCCGUGAGAACACCGAGGGCGAGUACAGCGGUCUCGAGCACUCGCCCGCGCCGGGCAUUGUUGAGUCGCUCAAGGUCUCGACGCGCUUCAAGGCCGAACGUAUCUCGCGCCUUGCGUUCGACUUUGCUCUCAAGAACAACCGCAAAAAGGUGACAUGUGUACACAAGGCCAACAUUAUGAAGCUCGGCGAUGGCCUCUUUCUCAACACCUUCCGCCGCGUCGCGGAGGAGUACAAGAGCGUUGGAAUUGAACCGAGCGAGAUGAUCGUUGACAACACCUCGAUGCAGCUCGUCGGCCGCCCCGACCAGUUCGACGUGAUGGUCAUGCCGAACUUGUACGGGAACAUUGUGUCCAAUAUCGGCGCCGCGCUGGUCGGCGGCCCUGGUACCGUCCCGGGCGCCAACAUUGGCCGCGAUUAUGCACUCUACGAGCCGGGCUCGCGCCACGUCGCGAGGGAUAUCAUGGGCACCAACAAGGCAAACCCGACGGCGAUGGUGCUGAGCGCGACUAUGAUGCUGCGCCACUUCGGGCUCGACUACCAGGCGAAUCUGAUCACGGCUGCCGUUUACCGCGUGAUUUCCGAGGGCAAGGUCCGCACUGCGGACUUGGGCGGCAAUGCGACUACACAAGAGUUCACCCAGGCUGUUCUGCAGCACUUGUGA